AUGUCCUCCGGCGGCCUCGUCUCCGCCCUCUCCGGCACCAAAAAAUCUAUGAGCUUCACAUGGAUAGGCUGGCCGGGCUUUUACAUCCCCCCGAAGGACCGCCUCAUCGUCGACCGCCGCCUCAUGGACGAGUACUCCUGCCAGGCCGUCUACCUCGACGACGACGUCGCAGACCGCCAUUACAACGGCUUCUCCAAUUCGAUCCUAUGGCCCCUCUUCCACUAUCACCCGGGCGAGAUGAACUUCGACGAGGAGAACUGGCUUGCCUACCGCCAGGCGAACAUGCGCUUCGCAGAGGUCGUGCGUCAGCAGGUCCGCCCGGGCUCCAUGGUCUGGGUCCAGGACUAUCACUUGAUGCUGCUCCCGAUGCUCUUGCGCGGGCUCGUCACCGGCCCAGAGCUCACUCGUGAGUUCACGGAGAACGAGCUCGCAAAGAUCACCGAGGGCGUCGAGAACGAGGACUUUCCCAUCGUAGGGAACCAGACCGUGCCCGGAGUCAAGAUCGGGUUCUUCCUGCACACCCCGUUCCCGAGCAGCGAAAUCUACAGGAUUCUGCCUGUGCGCAGGGAGAUCCUCCUAGGCGUGCUCUAUUCAGAUCUCCUGGGCUUCCAUACGUACGAUUAUGCGCGGCAUUUCUUGUCUUCAUGCACCCGCAUUCUCGGCCUCCCGACCAUGCCCAAUGGCGUUGAGUUCGAGGGCCGCCUUGCACAUGUCGGCACAUUCCCGAUCGGUAUCGACCCAACAUCGUUCACGGAGAAUUUAAAGAAGGAAUCGGUGAAGAAGCGCAUCGCGGCGCUCGAGCAGCGAUUCAACGGCGUAAAGGUCAUCGUCGGCGUCGAUCGGCUGGACUACAUCAAAGGUGUCCCGCAGAAACUGCACGCGCUCGAGCUCUUCCUCACACAACAUCCGGAAUGGAUCGGGAAGGUCGUAUUGGCGCAGCUUGCAGUGCCGUCACGGCAGGACGUCGAGGAGUACCAGAACCUGCGCGCAACCGUCAACGAGCUUGUCGGCCGGAUCAAUGGCCGGUUUGGCACCGUCGAGUUCAUGCCGAUUCACUUCAUGCACAAGUCGCUUCCGUUCGACGAGCUGUGCGCAUUGUACGCGGUUAGCGACGUGUGUCUCGUGUCGAGUACACGGGACGGGAUGAAUCUCGUAUCAUAUGAGUAUAUCGCAUGCCAGCAGGCGCGCCAAGGCGUCAUGAUCCUCUCCGAGUUCGCAGGCGCGGCUCAGAGCUUGAACGGGAGCAUAGUUGUCAACCCGUGGGACAGCCAGCAGGUCGCGGACGCGAUCCACGAGGCGGUCACCACCGACCCCGAGACACGCGCAGACAACCAUCGCAAACUGUUCAAGUACGUCACGAAAUACUCCGCCGCGUUCUGGGGGACGUCGUUCGUGCGCGAGAUGGCGAAGCUGAACGUGGACGAGGUCGACAAGGGCGGCCAGGCGGAGCUGAAGCAGGAGGACAUGGCGCUCAGCGACGCGACCGCCGACGGCGCGGAUGCCGUUGUCGAAUCAUGA